AUGCUCGAAAGUGUCAACGGCUUGGAUCUUGCGCUCGGCGGGGUAGCUGCCGUGCUGCUCGCCGCCCUCGUGCGACGCCAGCGGCAAGCCCUUCCUCUGCCUCCCGGUCCUCCCUCUCUCCCUUUUAUCGGCGGCCUUCUCUCAAUGCCGAGCGAGACUGAAUGGCUCACCUUCGCUGAAUGGGGCGCGAAGUAUGGCGACAUUUGCUCGGUCUCCGUCUUCGGGCAGACGAUGAUCAUCGUCAACGCGCCCCAGAUCGCGACGGACCUCCUCGAUAGGCGAAGCGCAAUCUACUCCGACCGACCCGUGAUGGCAUUCGGCGGCGACUUCGUCGGCUGGUCGCGCACGACGGUCCUCCUUCCCUACGGCGCAGGACAUCGCGCGAGUCGCCGCCUCAUGCACCAGGUUAUCGGCACUCAGAACGCCGUCCACAAGUUUGACGAGAUCGAGGAGGGCGAAAUGCGCGUCUUUCUCAAGGACUUGCUCAAGAAGCCGGAGGACUUCGUGGAGCAUAUUAGGCACUUGACCGGUUCCAUUAUCCUGCGCAUCUCGCACGGCUACCAUGUCCAGCCUGACAAGGAUCCCUUCAUCGAGCUCGCCAACGUGGCGACCGAGCAGUUCGCUCAGUCGACGUCCCCGGGGGGCUUCCUUGCCAACCUUGUUCCUCCUCUACUCCAUCUACCUGACUGGAUGCCCGGAGCGGGCUUCAAGGCGACGGGACGCGCUUGGCGGGCCACCCUCGAUAAAAUGGCCGACUUUCCGCACGAGUUCGUCAAGUCGCAGAUGAGCGCGGGAACCGCCGAGCCGUCCUUCACCUCCAACUUCCUCGAAGAGAAGAAGGAGAUCACGCCGGAAGAGGAGUUCGACCUCAAGUGGUCCGCCGCGUCCCUUCAUUCAGGCGGCGCAGACACCACCGUCGGUUCGAUUCACGCCCUCUUCCGCUUCAUGGCCAUGAACCCCUCCGUGCAAGCCCGCGCCCAAGCCGAGAUCGACGCCGUCGUCGGCCCAGACCGGCUCCCCACCAUGGCCGACCGCCCGCGCCUGCCCUACGUGAACGCGCUCGCGCUCGAGGUCCUGCGCUCACACGUCGUAGCGCCGACGGGCGUGCCGCAUCGGGUGACGGAGGAUGAUGUGUAUGAGGGGUAUUAUAUCCCGAAGGGAUCAUUGGUGUUGGCGAAUCUGUGGUACAGUAGGUUCAUGCUGCAUGAUGAGCGGACGUAUACUCGGCCUAUGGAGUUCCGCCCGGAGAGGUUCCUCGCGACGGAAGGGCACGAGCCCGAGAAGGACCCGCGGACUAUUUGCUUCGGAUUUGGCCGCCGUAUCUGUCCUGGUACCCUCCUCGCGGAUAUCUCCCUCUUCUUCGCGUGCGCUUCCAUCUUGUCGGUCUUCGAGAUCGGCAAGUGGAAGGAGGACGGCGUUGAGGUCGCGCCAGUCGAGGGACAGACUUCGGGGACCAUCAGCCAUCCGCUGCCGUUCAAGUGCAGCAUCCGACCGAGGUCGGCGAAGGCGGCGGCCCUGAUACAUGAUGCGCAAGAGUAG